UAUCCACCAGCCCUGAUAUCCAGCAGCUUCCCUUCCUUAAUCUUUCUCUAGAAGCAUUCCAUAACCCAGGCGCAUCAUACUCUGGAUACAUUAUACUUACUCCAAGCCAUUCGGCGGCCGUUCGAAGCUAGAAGAAAACAGUCAGGUGCAGAUCGCUGGGAGGUCAUAUGGGGACUGGAUCAUUGCGACAGUACCACAAAUAUCGGAACGUCAGCGGUCUCGACGAAUAUCACUAAACCCUCCGCCAGACAGUGAGAGAUCCGACGCAUUCGGAUAAGCUAGUCGAUUGGGACCUGAGCACAUAUCACACCACUACCUGACCGGGUAUCUCAAUUUGCAGUGGCACGAAAGUAGCAAAUCUGGGUAGAAGGUCGCAAAGCGCGCGGAGUGAGCGACAGCUUGAUAAACUCUCCAGCGGUAAAUCAUGGCACCUAGUUAUCGCAAUGCCAGUAGGCGUCAAAAUCGUCCCGGAGUCGACCAUGGGGAGUACGAAGGUAUACCAAUCCGUCACUGGCGCCGUGAUUUUGUCACAGUAGCACCUCCGCCAACAACAGACAGUACGACAUCUCAAAGCGACAUUUGGGCUAUUGAGCUUCCCUAUGGAAUGCCAAAAGAUUCGCACCUCUUACCUCAACACAGUCAAGACCUAUUACGUGCCGCGCGAUCGGGGAAGAUCUAUAAACGGCCGGCACCCGCCGAUGAAGAGGAGGCUGACCCUGAAACGGUCAUUGGUGACAAGCCUGAGAAGAAAGACGAGGACCUGAAAGAGAAGGGAUUUACCGCGAAAUCAUGGAAGCAGGUGCCUCGACAUCUAGAGGGAGCGGACGUUGUGUAUUUGGCCAAGAGACGAAAGGGAUUGGUUACUGCUUCUUCCAAGCCACUGCCGGUCCCAACUGUGACCAAAGCGACAGUGAAGCGAAUUGAUGCCGCAGGUAAUGAAUACGUCCAGGAUAUUGUCGUGCCUCAAGGCCAGGUGGUAGAAGGAGAAGUUCUUUCACAAACUCAGAUUCCAGAUCCGAAUGCACCUGUUGGUCUGGCACCGGUCCAAGCCACGCCUCCUAGACCCAGGCCAAAAUCAAAGAAGAAAGCGAAAGGGCCCGGAAGAGGACGAAAGAAGAAGCCAGUGGCCCCCACUAGUGCGCCUCAGGUCCCACUGGCUGUUGGGGCGGCUCCCUUGCCAACAACUGAGGGAACAGUUGGUCCUGAUGGAAUCAAGCUUGAGAAGGAAACAAGCUCGACACCAGUAUCCAAUGAGGAUACCGAGAUGGGAGAGGGUUCGGCAGCUAACUCAGACGAUGAUGAUGGCGAGGACGGUGAAGACGGCGAUGAAGGGGAUGAUGACGAAGGUUCUGUUGAUCCCCAGGAUUCACCAUCGAAACCAUCACAACAGUCCCCCUCAGCCGCUUCGGCGCCAAUACUACCUCCAAUCACACCUCUCGAUCAAGCUGAUGUUUCCAUGGGAGGAACGGAAUUUCCUCACGUGCCACCGAGACUUCUGACCGACCGGUUUGAGGCGAAGUCAGGAAGCCCACUGAAAAACGUUGUCAUGACCACCUCUACACUCACUUCGCCGCUUGAACCACCAUCAGCCUCGUCACCAACAAAAGAUUUACCAGAAGUCCACCCCUUAGCAUCGGAGGAUACUCCCUUGAGCGCUAAAAUGGAGACGCUCGAAGAAGAGAUGCAACAAGAAGUGCAUAGAAUGGCUCCUGAUGACAUUCCACUUCCACCACCAGAACCCACGAAUGUAGAGGUGGCUGCGGCCAUAGCGGAGCGGGUUGAGGAGGAAGAGGAAGAGGAAAUGCUCUUGGAUAUUCUGGACAGGGCAAAAAACGCUGAGAUUGGUGCACCACUCGAUUCUCCUUUAGUGUCCGCUAGCCCGGCACAUCGGAGCCCCCCAGUCGAAACGGAUGCUGCUCCAUCCGAUCCUGCUCCUCAGGUUGAGAGCGAAGUUCACUCAACCCACGCCACACCUCAGGCAGUGGUCAUAUCGGAACCAGCUCAAGAGGGAAAAGCUCCCUCCCCCGAGGUUAAAGAGACCCCAGGAGAGCAAGAAGCUGUCCCAAUUCCACCUCCAGCUCCAAUCUCCGAAUCUGUUCCAGUUGCUGAGUCAGAAGCUCCUCUUCGAGAGCCGUCCACCAUUGACGAGGAUGAUGAUGACAAUUACCCGGAUUUACUUGGUGGCUUAGAGAAGUCUUUGAAAACACCUGAAGCGAGAGUUGAGACACCAGUUGCUGCCCCUGUGUCUGAGAUCUCUCCUGAAAUGGAGAAGGCUGUAGUUGAUGCUAGCGUAGGGGACGGACUCGCUGAGGUGACCGAGGCGACUGAGGAAGAGGUCAAGAAGGAUGAGCAGAAUACUCAUGAUUCGGAAGAAGGAAUGCUGUUGUGAAAGGAAUGUUCGCUUAGGCGUCUAUGGUUGGAUGUUAGGUAAAGGCUGGAUUGGCGCUAGGCAAUUAUUGGGUAUACUUAGCUUGGGAUAUUUGCUUUCAUAGUGUGUACAUUACUUUAAGUUCUUCAAAGAUGCCGUCCUGUAGACUUCGCGUAAAUUGGCACUUUUUAAUCGAAGAGCCUAG